CUACGCUGUGGACAAUCUCUCUGAUAACACCCCCCCUCCCUUCCUCCCUCACUCCCUAUGUCCUCUUCCUCCUCCUAGCUAGACCUCUCCUCCUCUGCAAUCUGACGAGGAUUCUUCGCCGAUGGCCGCACAUCAUCGGCAUCCCUAAUAGGGACUGAGAGAGGGAGUGAGAGAACAAGAGAGAGAGAGAAAGAGAGAGAGAGCAGCCGGCCGCUUUCCACCUCCAUCGUUCUUUUUUGCACCGAGGAGGCGUUCAAGAACCACUCGUUGGUUUCUGUUUUUUUUCUUUCUUCUUCAACAACAACACAUCGAGGAAUCUGCUGCCAUGCUGGGCCCGACUCUUCAUCACUAUUAUAAUCAUUGCUAGAACGACACAAGAUCAUCUACCCCCCUCCCCCUUCCACCUCCCCACCCUCUCCCUCAUUCGAGCGAGACCGACGGGAUGCGUCCUGGUGCAGUGAUGCUGGUGGUCCUAGUGGUCCUUCUGGGCAACUUGAUGCCGCCCUUCGUCACGGCGCAAAACGCUGGGUUUGUGAAGUCGCCAAUGUCUGAGACUAAGCUCACGGGCGACACCUUUGAGCUGUACUGCGACGUAGUCGGUAACCCCACCCCGGAGAUCCAGUGGUGGUAUGCCGAGAUCAACAGAGCCGACUCCUUCAAGCAGCUUUGGGACGGAGCCCGUAAGCGGCGAGUGUCCAUCAACACGGCCUACGGUGCCAAUGGGGUCAGCGUGCUGGGCAUCACGCGACUCACCAUGGAGGACUCUGGGACCUAUGAGUGUCGGGCAAGCAACGACCCCCGGAGAAAUGACCUUCGACAAAACCCCGCCAUCACCUGGAUUCGGGCCCAGGCCACCAUUUCGGUGCUACAGAAACCAAAGAUUAAUGCCUCGGAUCAGAUCAUCCUGCCGUUGGAAUCCCCUCCCAUACCCGUUACCCUGCAUUGCAACCUCACCACUGCCCACACGCCCCACACGGAGAGCUUCUGGAUGAAGAAUGGCCGGGAGAUUGCAAACACAAGGACCGAGCAGAGGAGCACGGCGUACAGAAUUGCUAAACCGAGAGCAGAUGACUCCGGGGAAUACCUGUGUGUUUACACGUUUGCAAUGGCGCCAAAUGCAAAUGCUACCAUUGAAGUGAAAGCAAAACCUUAUGUCACAGGCCAUAAACGAAGUGAAAAUAAAAACGAAGGUGAAAAUGCAACGCUUUACUGCAAGUCAGUCGGGUAUCCACACCCAACCUGGACAUGGCGUAAAUUGGAUGGAACUUCCCCAACGGAAAUCGAUAACUCCACUGGACGCUUCUUCAUCACCAGUAGAGACAACUACACCGAGCUGAACAUCAUAAACUUGGAUAUUAACACAGAUCCUGGAAAGUAUGAGUGCAAUGCCACCAACGUCAUUGGGACCAUUGCUGAGAGCACGAUCGUACGGGUGCGGAGCCAUCUCGCACCGCUUUGGCCUUUCCUGGGCGUGCUUGCAGAAAUUAUAAUCCUGGUAGUCAUCAUCGUUGUGUACGAGAAACGCAAGAGGCCGGAUGACAUUAUUGAUGAUGAUGAACCAGUCGGACCAAUGAAAACAAACUCAACAAACAACCACAAAGACAAAAACGUCCGCCAAAGGAACAUGAAAUAAGCAAUCGACUCAAAUGAGAUGGCUAAACAGCAAGUUUUGGGGCUACAUCAAAGGUGGAUGGAGCUGCAGGCUAUUUUGGGAAUAACAAUAAAGCAUAUCUCGUCUCAUUUUAUGAGAAACAAUAUCAGCAUAACACUGGCAACAGAGAAGGAAUUGGAACGGCGGUCUUAAAUAAGCAUGCCUUGUCGCGUGGAGAUGUCAGGAUGACGAAUAGUGACUAUGAAUCGCCGCCCAAGAGGUGUACACAUUUUUUUGAUGUGAUGUUGAUGUCUCCUUUAUUGAUUUAAAUCACGGGUCUCAAGCGAGCUGAUCCCCUUUUGUAUUACAUAUCAUGUAAAUGCAUGCAAAAUAAUUACGCAAUAGGAUACUCAGAAUAGACAUCUUCUGUUGUUAUCCCUCGUGUGGCUUUUUGUUUUGCAUCCCAAAAGAUUUUUUUUUAUAGUCAUCCUUAUAUAAAUAUAAAUAUAUAUAUAUAUAUAUAUACAGUAUAUAAUGUCUUCUUUUGUUCCCCUCUUGAACAUUUGUACAGCAUAUCAUGGUCAUUUAAUGUUUGAUUUUGUGACGCAACGUCCACUUUUAAUAGAACUUUUGUUGUGAAGCAAGGGCUUCAUUGACAGGCAGUAUUUAAAGCUAAUGAGAGUGAAUACAGAAAAUGAUUCAUGUGUGUUUAACUAACUAAAUAUUGAUGGUAUGUGUAUUACUUUGAAUUUCUUUUGAGAGUAACUUAGAGUGUCUUGUAUAUGUUGCAGUAUGAGUGUUCAAAUGAUAGGAAAUCUGUAAAAAAAAAAAAAAAAAAAAAGAAUAUUUUUUUUAAUAUUUCCUAAUUUUAUUGAUUAUUUUUUAUUUUCUUCGACUAUAUAGCAUGGCUAUAAUCCUAUGCAAAAUGUAUUCUUGAAUAGAUAAGUGGAGGGCAGUUUGUUUUAAUCAGUCAAGCUUUAAUAUUGUGGGAUCCCUUGGAAGCUGGCAUAGCAAAAUUAACUGCUGUAGCUGCAUGACUCCUACUUUCAAUACAAAUGUACUGAUGUGUGCUGCGGUGGGAAUGGACCUGCAGUAACAUGGGGAGCAGCGGGACCAGAGUAUAUAGCCACGAUCAAAACAUGAGUAAGACCAAUAUUUUUUUUUCUGAAUAAAAAUUUGAAAAAAAUUAACCAAACUGGGUUUUUUAGGGGGGUGGGGUGGUUAAAUUUGUGUGGAUUUAACGCCAUUUGAAAUCUCCGAAGCCCACGACCACGAUCCAGUCAACUUUGGCAGCACGUCAACCUAACGCCUACGUAGCAAACAGCGUGGAAAAAAACAAACACAAAAGAACAGCGCUGACUUGACCUCUCUCUCUCAGCCUUCACUUGUCGAGCUGAUUCACUCUUGAAGUAUUUUCCUCAGCUCACCCUCGACCUGCUCCACCAAAGCGUGGAAGCUGGGAUCCAGCAGACAAACGCGCAGCAGGGCCUCCAGAUCGCCGUGUUCCCAGGAGCCUUGACGGUAGAGUUGAGGCAGCGUCAGAGGGGUCUCUCCCAGGAGGUUCUGUGGAGGGUCCAACAGAUAGCUUUAAGCAACACACAUGUAACAGUAACAGUAAGAAAUCUAUUGAUGACUAUAACCCUGACCAAAACAUCACAAUAUAUCAUAGCUAUUCUAUCUGUGCACAUAUGACCCCCAGUGGCUGUGAGCAGCACAGGCGACAACAUUAAGCAAUCUAUUAGAACACUUUUCUGUUAAAUUAUACAGUGCAUAAAUAUGAAGGUGAAUCUCAGAAUAGAAUACAAUAUAUUGCACGAUUUAUAAAAGACAAAGCACCCUGCAGUUACCCGGGUAAGACGCUGAACUGACAGCGAUCCUUCACGAACAACCUCAGGUUCACCUCCAGCCGCCUCACCCUGCAGACAUGCAGACACAGUAGAAGGAGGGGAGGAAAAGAAAAAAUAAAAAAAAAGAUUUGACAAGACGCAGCAGGAAACACAGAUUCAAGAGUCUAAUCAAUUGGCUUCAUUACUAAUUGAAAAAUAUCCCGCCCCCCUUCAAAGCCCUUUUAUCUUCUACUGUGAACUCCUUUAGUGUGUCUGUUUGUUAAAAGGUCAUAUUCCACCCUGUUGGCACAAUCCACACCACUUCCUUCUCAUCCGCUUACAAACAAGCCACUACAAUCCUUUAAAUACACCCGUAAAACUGUGAGUACAAAAUAAUCAGUUCAUAUUUAGACAAGUUUUAGAGUAGAUACAUUUGUCAUCAUGUUCUGUCUUUUUGGUUUGUGAUACAUAUUCAAUUAAGACAAUUGUCAAAACGUAAAUAACAUUCCGCAACUACAAUCAGUAUUAAUCAUGAUGUACAAUUUUCCAUAAAAUCCCAGUUUUAAAACAUAUUUCAUCUACAUAGAGGUAGUGUAUAUGCUGGACUGCAUCAUAAUGUAGGCGCACAAGCUGCUUGUGUGUGGCAGCAAUGUGACCUCUAAAUAUGAGUAUUUGUAAAUAGCACCAUCUAGUGUCUGCUCCACGAAGCUGACCUAGUUGAGACUGAUAAAAAAAAAAUUGGUCCCACAGGACAUCUACUAUAUUUAAUACAAACUAUAUGUAAAUAUAUAAAUUGCCUUCGGUGUUGUCCUUUUUUAAUUCAUAACAGGUUGUAAAUGACUACAUAAAAUCUAUCAAAAGCAAACAGUCAUUGUUAGAUGUUGUUGCCAUAAGUACUUUGUAUAAACAGAUUUUUUUUACAUUUAUGAAAAUAAAUAUUUACUGAAUGGAAAAAUGGGCCACCUGUGUCACUGGUGCAGGGUCGUCCACAGGGGGCUGAUUAUUUGGCAACAGGACGUCGUCUUGAGUGCCGACGGGCACAUGCUCUCUGAGUUUUUCUGCAGCACUCGAGCACUCUUUGAUGGCCUCCGUCUUGUUACGUCCAUCAAACUGCAUCCUGAUCAGGCGGCUCGCUCCCUGAGGACACAUCUCUCAGCUGUCACUCUAAAUCACUUUUUUAUUUUGAAAUCAGCAUCUCAUUAAGGGUAAAAAAAAAAAACAAGGUGGCUGUUUUUUUUUUCUUCCUUUGAGAACACAAGAGCAGAAAACACAUUUAAUGAUCAUGACACUUUUUUUUAAAAAAUGGCCACAAAAGCGCACCUCACCUUUAUUGUAUGGCGAAUCAUCAAGUUGUCGGAUUUCUGAAGGACUUUGAGAAAGUCGCUGGCACCAUUCAAAGGAAUUGUCUCCUACAAUUUAAAAUACAUAUACAAAAGUAUAACUGACAGAAAAUGCAUGCCAGAAACAGUGAACUGUCAAUGUCCAUGCAGACCUGCCAACAUGUACAAAUUUAUAGUACUCAACAUGCAAUUUGACUUCUACGCUCCCCAUUUGUUGCAUUUUCCUGGUUUCAGUUCCAAGUUCAGUUUUUUCAGUACAGACACAUCAGUUUCUGUAGUAUUUGAAACCGGGGGUGUGAAAAAAUUUUGGCGGGGGCACGACUGCUCUGUAGUAUUAGCAGCCACUGUGGUGUUGGAACAUUUAAAAUACAGUAGAACCUCAGUUAGCAACCGCCCCAGUUAGCAUGUUUUUUUGGUUAAGGUUGAAAAUGUACGGCACAAUUUCGCCUCAGUUUGCACACAUUCUCUGGUUAGCGUACAAUGCGGAGCAUGUUUUCUGUUAUUAAUACACAAGCAUGAGUCCAUCAGUUUCAGAAAACAUCCGCAACUCGCAAACCAGAGAGCUAGCGACCUAAACGGUAGCCUUCAAGUUAUUUCCUUUAAACUUAAAUAGCUAAAAACUUACCACUUCCACACGGAUAGGGAGGAUAACUAUUAACAGUUAUUUAACCUUUAACAUGAACAUUAAUCAAACUUAAUAAUUUUUUCUGGGUACAUGAUACCAUACAGCAUCCAUAUCAAACUUGCGCGGGCCACACUAACAUUAAACUUUCAUAUCAAGGCGAGGGCCUCAAACUAGUGUCCUGCGGGCCACAUUUGGCCCGCUGGCCGCGUGUUUGAGACCCCUGGCUCAGCCCAAUUGGUUUGCUUUAUUUAUUUUAAUUUAAAUAGGUUACAGUUUGAAAUAGUAUACUGUUUGGUUUAUGAAGGCUGUGUCUUAAAUGCCAGACUAAAUUUGUAAGUCUGCCUUUAUAAGACUGUCAUGAUUUCAUUCUGCUGACGAGACGUCCAAGUCAGGUCCUCUAAGACCUUCACUAACUAUUCUCUCAAAUACAGCAAAUUCCAGUCUACAUCAGGUUUUUUUUCUAGCUAUGACCGCCUUAUCGUGUGUGGCCUGCAGGUCUAAGCUCCCUGCUCCUGGAAGUUUCCCUGAGCGUUCACAGUACCAAUCUAUAAUAGACUGGUCUAUCAUCCUGGUUGAAAAAGCUCUCUACGUCUGACCUGAAUAUCAGGCUGACUGGUGCGCCAAGCAUAUCUGUGUCUGCUGACAGAACUCAAAGAAACAAGACAUAAAGACUUAUUUACUUCAUUUCUGGAGUCUGCUAGGUAAUAAGCUUAAAGGUUUGAUGUCUAAACACAAAGGUCAGCGAUCUUACCGCUCCAUGUUGUACCAUUUUUACAUGCGUCUCAGAGGUAGUGUGUUGGACGUGUGUUUUAAAUAAUAUACUGUAUGCAUUCACAUUCAUGGGUGUUUAUUAUCUGUAUAAUCUGCAAUAGCCAUAUUAUAGUCAUUUAUAUCCCUGUAUAUAUCCACACUGUAUCAUAGUCACUUCAUUGCACUACUGUACAUAUUACUGUUAUUAUAUCUAGUCAUUCAUACUGUGCAUACUGUUUAUAAUCUGUAUAAUCUGCAAUAGCCAUAUUAUAAUCAUUUAUAUCCCUGUAUAUAUCCGCACUAUAUCACAGUCAGCCUGUUAUAGUUUGUAUAUAG